AUGGCUGAUUUCGGAAACGCUGCUAACAGUAUUAUUAUUACAAAUCUACCAAAAGAUUAUACUGAAAGUCAACUUGAAGAACUUUUUUCAAGAUUUGGUCAUAUUAUAUCAACUAAAGUUGUACCAAUUGAUCGAAAUAUUGAAGGCAGUUAUGGUUUUGUUAGUUAUGAUGAAUCAGAAAGUUGUACUAAAGCUAUUGAAAAUAUGAAUGAUUAUGUUGUUGAUGGAUUUACUCUGUCCGUUAACUAUUCAUCAAUACAAACGAGUAAUAACUUCGAUCAACCAUCAAAUAAAUAG